GAUCACAUCGAUAAUUGUAUUAUUUUUUCGUUAUUCGCCUUGUGAAAUUUUAAACUCUGAAAUAUAACUGGAUCAAAACAAUGCCAUCCAAAGCGAAACCUGUGUACAAAGGUGGAGAAAGAAUGAAGUUUAUUGAAAUGCUUCACCAUAAGAGCCAUUUCAGCAAGACAGAAGUGGAGAGGUUGUUACAGAUGCUGAAGCAGCAAUGCCCAAACAGUCCCAAAAUCCGCAUGGACCGCAAUAAGUUCAACGACUUUGUGCACAAGAACUUUGAGAUGACGGAUGAAAUGAUUGUGGACAGAGUUUUCCGAGCCUUUGACGAGGACAAUGAUGGAUUUAUCAAUGAACUUGAGUGGGUCAAAGGGCUGUCCAUUUUCCUGCGUGGUACGAUGGAGGAGAAAAUGAAAUUCUGCUUUGAUGUCUACGAUAUGAACGCUGAUGGUUACAUCUCAAGAGAGGAAAUGUUUCACCUCCUAAAGAACAGCAUUCUUAAGCCGGCCACAGAGGAGGACCCAGAUGAAGGCAUCAAAGAUCUGGUGGAGAUCACACUCAAGAAAUUUGACUACGACCAUGACACCCGGGUAUCCUUUGAUGAUUGGACCAAGUGUGUUAAUGAGGACAACUUGCUACUGGAGGCCCUCGGACCGUGCCUGCCCAACCUGAAAACAAAGAAUGCCUUUCUGGAACUUGUGAGCGAUGCACAGCAUGAUACAGGGAUGAGCAUCUCGGCGCAGCAGAAACUGAAAGGGAAAGUGACCUACUAACCUAGAAAACUCAAAUUUUUCAUACCAAUAUAAAAAAAAAAGAUUUUAAAAAAUGUGAAAAAACAAAACUUUUAGUGUUCUAUGUAUUAGAUGAUUUAAGCUUUAUUGUUUGCACCUAACUACAUAUGCAUUAUAUUUUUAAUUUAUUAUGUUAGUUUUUUUAUGCAUGAUGCCUUUAAAUGUUGGUUGUAUCAUUUUGAUUUAAGAUUUUUUUUUACAACAUUAUGAAGUUUAUAAGUGAUUUAUUAAAAGAAUGUCCAUCUUAUUUAAAGGCUGAACAUAGUAAAUAAUCUUUUAAAAUUUGAUUUUAAAAACGUCUUAUUUAAAUAGAUCAGAAGUGACCUGUUUAUCUUAUUUUGAAUCAUCUCAGGAACAAAAUAGACUUAAAUUACCAUGGCUUUAAACAGUUUUUCUUUUUACAUUUUUUUUUAAAUGAACAUAGGCAAAUAUUUGGUGUGCAACAAGUGAUAUAAUUAGCAAAAUGAUAAUUUUCCCAAUGCAUUUAAAUUUUCAUCAGUUUAUAUGUACGUUUCAUUUAUUUGGUGAAAUAUACCUAAUAAUAACAUUAUGCUAACGGUUCCCAAUGGGUUUAAAGUUUUGAAAUUUACAGUCUUAAUUGAUACCUAAUAUAAUUAUGUUUUAAAACAUGUAUUUAUUCAUAUCUGGUUAAUGGGAGGGGGAGGGGGAUUAAAAUCUAAACCUUCAUACAAGCAAGAAACACCCAGUGCUAACUUAUUUUUUACUAUGUGUUUUAGAAUUGUAAUUGAAUGUUUUAUUUAAUUUCCGUCCAAGUUAUUUGUGAUAUAAUAUGGAUAUUUAAUGUGUUAUUGAUAAAAUUAAACCAGUUUUAACAUG